AUGGCUCCAGACCAAGAGCAUAACAUGGAUGGGUCGUCUAUACGGCCCGUCUCCUCCUUACGGAGCCAUUUCGAGAACAUGCUGAGCUCAAAGGAGUCCACACCUACACCAUCACCGUACCCGACACGGCAGACAUCGCCUAAUAGACAACACGGAUUCGCUACAGCAGUAGAAGCAGCACCCCGGCUUGGUGGGAGGAUCUCUCUGGAUAUUCCACGUAACAACGGACGCCGCGACUCACCACCGCACGUCUCAGACUCUGAUGUGGCUGGUCCACGGACACCUGGCUCAAAAUUUCUUUAUGGAACUCCCUCCCCAGCAAUGAAGACACGACCGAUAUCUAUGGGCCCACUUUCUCCGCCAAAAUCUCCUCCUGUAGUGACUGUACAAUCGCCGCGUUCCCCGCCGAAGCACUCAAAUGCUCGCAUUCCAGACCUAGGUCCACAUAUGGGGUCACCCAUUACGCCCAAUCAUGCUGGCUCGCGAUCCGGUUCACCUCCUCACAGUGCUCGUCAUUUCAGAAUACCCAGCAGAGCCACUACGCCUAGCAUAGAAGCUAGGCAAGCUCCAUUCUUCCAAGCAGCCACCACACCGAACACCUCCACCGAUCCGAGAAAGUCUUUCACAUCAGCGAGGGAAGCGCCUUUCCAAGAGACCGUACCUAGUCAUAGUAUGCCGCCACCGAUUAACCGUGCAGUAAAACCGCGAAUACCAAGUAAGGCUUCUUCGACCACUUCUGUGACAGACAGAGCCAAUCUGGUGCCUGGCUCUGGAAUUGAAGCCGCGGACGAGCGGAAUUCUCCAUUCAGCACGCCUCCGAGCAGUGAUGAGAGCUCUCCAAAGGGAGAAGCGAGCCCUCCGCCUCUGUUUCAUCACGUGAAACCUAUCUCAAGUCGUCAGUCCGGCAAUCGCGACGGCUAUUUCAGCCGUUCGCAGGUCCGCAAAUUUGAGGCAGAGCGCAAGAUAGCAGCAGAUUCGGGUAGUCCGGCCCGAUCACAUGAGUUCAAGACGCCGCCUUUGUCUGCCCACAUCCAAGCUCAACAGCCCAAUAGUGUGCCAGAGGAUCGACCCGGACUGCCUCCGAGACGGGAGUCGCAUUCAACAGCGGUAUCCCGCAGUGAGUCUGCAAGGCGACCUCCAGAGCCUCCGCCUCCCCGAGCGUCCAUGGAUGGAUCGCUACGGUCCGUCAGCUUGGCGUUAGAUACAAGCUCAAGAUUCAUGCCACCGCCCAGACGGCAAACAGCUUCUAUCCUGGCUUCCGCUGAUGCAACAGUUGGCCGAGCAACACACGCUCCAGUCGUGUCAUCUUCGUACCCCAGAGCAUCUAGCGAACGUACCAGAGUGUCCGUGGAAGCUCACCGGGACGACACCUCGAGAAAUGCAUCUGUCGCGCGGUAUGCCGAUGACUCGGAUGAAUCUGAGCAACCAGUGGAUAGAAGCGCACGCACCCUUACUGAUUACCCAGACUCAUCGCAAGCGAACCGUAGACCUCCCGUGUUCCGACAACGACCGCGAGAGAUACCUACCAAGUACGAGACCAAGCUCUUCGCCGUAUGCGGCGAGUACGUGUGCACAACGGGUUAUGUCACUCGCGUGUGGAACCUUCUGAGCGGCGAGAUGCUCCUGAGUCUCGUGCACGGUGACACAACCAAAGUGACAGCGAUAGCUUUCAGACCGGCCAAAGAGGUGGAUGAUGAGGGCAAGCGUAUAUGGCUCGGCACUAAUACAGGCGAGAUUUACGAGGUGGACGUUGAGCGAAAGGGCAUAGUUUACACGAAAGGUAACGCGCAUUCACGACGAGAAAUCAUCAAGUUGUAUCGGUAUGCAUCCGAGAUGUGGUCUCUCGAUGAUGAUGGCAAGCUCCAUAUCUGGCCGCCGGAUGAGACUGGUUCGCCGAAUCUCGCCUUGACUCCGGACAGCUUUCGUGUUCCGAAGGGUCACUCAUGUUCUAUACGUGCUGGUACGGAUCUUUGGAUUGCAUGCGCAAAGGAAAUUAGGGUCUUCCGGCGCACCUCCGGCACCGGUACCUUUUCGCAGCUCAGCCAACAGCCGCUGUCACAGCCUAGCACCGGAGACAUAACUUCGUGUGCCAUCAUCAGCCAUCAGCAUGACCGUAUCUAUUUUGGGCAUAACGACGGCAAGAUCACGAUCUAUGAUCGAAAAGACCUUACCUGCCUUAGCAUCGUCAGCGUGAGUUUGUACAAGAUUAGUUCUCUGGUGGGAGUCGGCGACUAUCUCUGGGCUGGCUACAACACCGGAAUGAUCUAUGUCUACGACACUAGCUGUCAGCCUUGGAAGGUGUUGAAGGACUGGCAUGCACAUGACAACCCCAUAGCAAGCAUUGUGGUGGACCGGACAAGCAUCUGGAAACUUGACAGGUUGCAAGUGGCAUCCCUCGGAACGGACAACAUGAUACGAUUGUGGGAUGGGAUGCUAAGGGACGACUGGCUCGAAAAUGACAUGCAAGAACACGAUGAGGACUUCUGUGACUUCCGCGAAAUCACUGCGUUAGUCAUGACUUGGAAUGCAGGUGCAGCGAAACCAUCCAGCUUGAAACAUGAUGAGCAUGGUGGUAGUUUCUUUCGGGAUCUGUUACGGCCUGAUGAUCCUCCUGACAUACUCGUGUUUGGGUUUCAAGAGCUUGUCGAUCUAGAGAACAAAAAGGUCACCGCAAAGAGCUUCUUUAAGAGCAACAAGAAGAAAGAUGCUACGGUGCAGGAACACAUGAGCCAUCAAUAUCGAGAUUGGCGAGACUUUCUGAUGAGGAGCAUUGACGAUAAUAUGCCUGCGAAUCAAACCUACGAGCUGCUACAUGUCGCGAACCUCGUGGGUCUCUUUACCUGCGUGUUCGUUAAGUCCUCCGAACGGACAAAGAUCCGAGACGUGAACGCCGCAGAGAUCAAGCUUGGUAUGGGAGGUCUGCACGGGAACAAGGCAACUUUGAUCGUUCGAAUACUCCUGGAUGACAGCUCACUCUGUUUCGUAAACUGCCAUCUUGCAGCCGGCCAAACCCAGACCGUUCACCGAAACAACGACAUCGCAACAAUCAUGGAGACGAUGGCGCUGCCACCCGAACACGACGUCGACAACUGCUCAGACCUAUUCGUAAGCGGCGGAGACGGCUCCAUGAUUCUCGACCACGAGAUCUGCAUCCUGAACGGCGACCUCAACUACCGCAUCGACACCGUGCCUCGCGACACCGUCAUCCGUGAGGUCAAGGCCAACAACCUGGCAAAGCUCCUUGACAGAGACCAGCUGCUCCUGUCCCGAAAGAAGAACCCCGGGUUCAGGCUGCGUGCUUUCAUCGAAGCACCGAUUACCUUUGCGCCGACGUACAAGUACGAUGUCGGCACCGACAACUACGAUACGAGCGAAAAGAAGCGAUCGCCUGCCUGGUGCGACCGGCUUCUGUACCGUGGACGCGGCCGCAUACGGCAGCUGGACUACCGCCGCCAUGAGAUCCGUGUAUCUGAUCACCGGCCGGUGAGCGGCAGGUUCAGGUUACGGGUUAAGACCAUUUCGCCGCAUCGGCGGACGCAGGCUCGGGCGAGCUCCGAGAUGAGAUUCGAGGAGGUUAAACAGCGAAUAACGGAGGAUAUAAAACUCGAUUACUUGAUUAAUGUGUUUGGUGUUUCGGCGAAAGAAGCGCAGAGACUUCUGUCUGCAUGA